AUGGUGGUUGGAGGGGGCGCUGGUCAACUAAGGCUAAUCGUCUCAGACCAUUUGUCUAUCCACCCCUUCAAUCUGGGCGCCCGUGAAACCCGGCCGCUGGCCCUGGAGGGUGAUGCCUCCUUUUCUGUGGCCAGAGCGUUUCGUGCGAAUGACGAGCCAAACUGGACAGGCCACGCUUUUUCUGCACAGUACAACGAUGGUCUCGCAGACUUCUUUAGAGGGGAUAGACUUUAG